UAGCGCUGGCGACGGCGGGUGCUUCCUCACUUUCUCGCAGUUUCGCCGGUGAAAGAGAAGACGCGCUCGGCUCGGAAAGUAGUCCUCCUCGGUCAUGGUGGUCCUGAACUGACAGCGACCAGCCAGUCCGCUCGGCACGGCCCGGUACGGCACGGUAGGAACUUUAAUGUGGACGCAUGGAACUGUUCGCUAAUACUUAAGCAGCUUCAGCGAGGGCUGAAAACACAAAGUCGGCAGACAAAGUAGUCCUUAAUCACAACGGACACCAUCACUGUCGACCUCUCCAUCCAUCUCCGGCCUCCUCCUCUUCGCUGAGGAAGCGUCACGACAGCUCUCUGGAUCCCGUGGCUUCUGGAGUGUGGGACACAAUAUACUGAACAUGCUGUAGAAAGUGAGGCUCAUUGGGACCAGCUUGGAUCCAGUGGAGUUCCAAAGGGUCCAGUCACCCUAUCAUGGAAUUCUUUGACGAUCCCGGCCUCUUUGUUGGAGGUUUGGAAGGGCUGGACGAGGAUGAGUUUCCCUCAGCACCCUCACUUGUGGAUGAGCUGAACCUCAGUGCUGAUUUUGAGCCCCUCCACCAAGUGGAGCCUCUGGGCCAAGGAAAGCCGCCAGACAUAAUGCCCCCAAUUUCUAUCCAACAAGGAAUACCUGCUUAUGUUCAACCGAUGGAUCACUAUAUUGGCAUUAAGGGACAGAAUACUACAGGGCAAACAUUUUCUGGUCAUAGAGCCACAGGUGCUGGAGGUGGCAGCAUAAUGCCAGAGCAACAUGGCCAGUACCACAAUGCUGCCCUGAGCCAAGUGCCUCAGUCAAAUGGGCUCUUUUGUAACAGUAGCAGUCCAAUGUGGGGCAACCAAGACCAGAAUGGGAAUAUGUUCCACCCUGUAUCUCAACAACAGCAACAUCCGCAACAACAGAGUUGUCAUCAGCAGCAGCUACUGCACAACCAGCAACUUAAUGUCAGACAACAUAUACGAGAGCAACAACACCAACCCUGCCAUGAUCCACAACAGGAGCAGCAGCACAGAAUGAGGCAGCAGCUGCAACAACAGCAAAGUCAUCAGCAACAGCUGUUAAACCAGUGCCAGUCCCAACAAAUUAACACACAGACUAUGCCCAUGCAGCAACAGCAGCAUCACAAUUUCUCCUUUCACCAGGGAAUUCAGCAAGUUCACCAUAGUCAGCAGCGGGCUCAGCACCAACUAUCUGUAGGAGGACAGAGAUUCCAAUCAAGGCCUCUGCCAAACAAGUCUUAUUUGGAUAGUCAGAAUGCUUCUCUGAGUGGGACUUGCUUACAGCAACAUCAGCAGCAACAUGGUUCCUACCGUUUAACCUCAGGAGGCCAAGCCUUCUCUGGAUCAGGACUGGAAGACCCAAACCGGCCCUUCCCCAUGCAUUCAUCAUCUAUGGUUCUCUCCCUGCCCACAUGCUCAGUCAGUUCUGCCCCUGCUUACCAACUGGCUCAGUACCCUGCUUACCCUGGAGAGCCUGAAGUACCCACUCUCAAUCAGCAGUCUUUGUCCACAGCCUCAGUGUCAGGUCCCACACUCACCACCAAUGUAUCUCUCACUUCCACAGUGUCUGAGCUCUCAGGGACAGUAUGUCAGUUUCCAUCCACAGGAAUUUUAAAUCAGCAGCACACUAAGACCUCAGGUAAUCAAGAAGAUGAAUGUCCUUUCCGGGCCCUACAUUGUCCUGGCGAACCCCAAGGAAGCAGUGGGUCAUCGGAGAUGUUUGGUGAGUCCAUGAGCUGCUACCCAACCAUGGCCAGCCAGCUUUCCUCUAAACAGCCUCAGAGCUGCGGGGCCAUCAACACUAAUGGAUACCAGGCUUUGGGAGAUGGUCUCCUCACAUCAGAGGCUCAUGAUGGAGACAUGGAGGGACUGGAGCCUCCUGACCUCUUGCCUGACCUACUGCCCCAGCUGGAGGUUGCUCUCAGCCAGCAGGAUGAAUCCAACUGUUCCUGGGCCAGUUCCAGUUUCAGUUCCAGUUUGGAGAGGCGACACAGGCACAGGAAACCACCACCUGUUGAGUACAAGGAAGAGAAGCCACGGAAGAAUGCUAAUGGUCCUGGCAGCCAGGUACGAGUCCUCAGCCCCCCAGUGAAGAGCAGCUCGUCGUCUUCCUCGUCUUCCUCCUCAUCUUCAUCCUCAUCAAGCUCCUCGUCAGAGAAAAGAACAUCGCGGAUGACGCAUCAUCAGAUGGAGACAUCUCCACUGGAAAAGCAAGAGAAGGCCAAUAGGAUAAUAUCAGAGGCUAUCGCAAAGGCCCGGCAGCGCGGGGAGAAGAACAUCCCCCGGGUCAUGAGCCCCGAGAGCUUCCCAAGCUCUUCCUCACAGUACAAGUCCCACCGUGACCGCAAGCACAAAGGAAACGGCAAGGCACGGCAGAAAGUGAAGGCAUGUAGGAAGGCAUGCAUUGUCCCCUCCUCCAAGCCCAAGCAGAAGGCCAAGAUUGGGAAAAUUGUCAUCAAGAUUGGAAAGAAGAAAAAGCGAAAGCCAGAGUCUUCAGAGGGGGAGUCUGGAGAUGACCCUCCAACUCGACACGUCUCUAAAGAUGAUUCUAAGAGGAGAUCUAAUCGCCAGGUAAAGAGGAAGAAGUAUGCUGAGGAGCUGGAGGCCAGGAUGUCCGAUGAGGAAGUCAAGGUUAUAGUCAAGGCCAAGAAAAGCAACACUGCAGCAUCCAAGGAGCAUGCACUUCAACUCUUUGUAGAGAAUCCCAGUGAAGAAGAUGCUGCUGUUGUCGACAAAAUAAUGUCUUCUCGUGUCCUCAAGAAGGAGGUCUCUCCUGGAGUUGUCAUCGAAGUGGAGGAGUUUUUUGUUAAAUAUAAAAACUACUCCUACCUACACUGUGAGUGGGCCACAGAGCAGCAGCUGGUGAAGGACAAGAGGAUUCAGCAGAAGAUCAAACGCUUCAAGAUGAAACAAGCACAGAGGGCACUCUUCUUCGCAAAUAUGGAGGAGGACCCGUAUAACCCCGACUAUGUAGAGGUAGACAGAGUGCUGGAGGUGUCGUAUUGUGAGGACAAAGACACAGGAGAGGAGGUGGUGUACUACCUGGUGAAGUGGUGCUCUCUGCCUUAUGAGGACAGCACCUGGGAGCUAAAGGACGACGUGGAUCAGGGCAAGAUUGAAGAGUUUGAGCAUCUGCAGGCAGCCAAGCCAGACUCACGCAGGAUGGAUCGUCCCCCGGCCAAUCUGUGGAAGAAGAGGGAGCACUCGAGGGAAUACAAUAGCGGCAACAGCCUCAGGGACUACCAGCUCGAGGGAGUCAACUGGCUCCUCUUCAAUUGGUACAACAGACGGAACUGCAUCCUGGCAGAUGAGAUGGGUCUGGGAAAGACUAUCCAGUCCAUCACGUUCCUAGAGGAGAUCUAUCGUGUGGGCAUCAAGACGCCUUUCCUCAUUAUUGCCCCGCUCUCCACCAUCGCCAACUGGGAGCGUGAAUUCCGCACUUGGACCAACCUCAAUGUGAUCGUCUACCACGGAAGCAUGGUCAGCAGACAGAUGCUGCAGCAGUACGAGAUGUAUUUCAGGGACACACAGGGUCGUGUUAUAAGGGGCGCCUACAAGUUCCAGGCUCUGAUCACCACAUUUGAGAUGAUCCUGGGAGGCUGUCCCGAGCUCAACGCCAUAGAGUGGCGCUGUGUUAUCAUCGACGAGGCCCACCGCCUCAAGAACAAGAACUGCAAGCUGCUGGAGGGCUUCAAGCUCAUGAAUCUGGAGCACAAGGUCCUGCUGACAGGGACUCCUCUCCAGAACACGGUGGAGGAACUCUUCAGUCUGCUCCACUUCCUGGAACCUGGACGUUUCCCCUCCGAGACCACCUUCAUGCAAGAGUUUGGAGACCUUAAAACAGAAGCGCAGGUGCAGAAGCUUCAGGGAAUCCUGAAGCCCAUGAUGCUGCGACGGUUGAAGGAGGAUGUGGAGAAGAAGUUGGCUCCGAAAGAGGAAACCAUCAUCGAGGUUGAGCUCACCAAUAUUCAGAAGAAAUAUUACCGAGCCAUCCUGGAGAAAAACUUCUCUUUUCUGGCUAAAGGCGCUGGCCAGUCAAACGUGCCCAAUCUGGUCAACACUAUGAUGGAGCUGAGAAAGUGCUGCAACCACCCCUACCUCAUCAAAGGGGCAGAAGAGAAGAUCAUGGAGGAUUUCAGGGAAGUUUACAGCCCCACUGCCAUCGACUUUCACCUGCAGGCCAUGGUGCAGUCUGCCGGGAAGCUGGUCCUCAUUGACAAACUGCUGCCAAAGAUGAAGGCAGGAGGGCACAAGGUGCUCAUCUUCUCCCAGAUGGUGCGCUGCCUGGACAUCUUGGAAGACUACCUCAUUCAGAGAAGGUACCUAUAUGAGCGGAUAGAUGGACGUGUGCGUGGGAAUAUGCGGCAGGCUGCCAUCGACCGCUUCAGUAAGCCCGACUCAGACCGCUUUGUUUUCUUGCUGUGUACACGGGCUGGUGGACUGGGAAUCAACCUCACGGCAGCAGACACCUGUAUCAUUUUUGACUCUGACUGGAACCCACAGAACGACCUGCAGGCCCAGGCUCGCUGCCACCGGAUUGGUCAGAACAAGGCGGUGAAGGUGUAUCGCCUGAUCACCAGGAACUCGUACGAGCGGGAAAUGUUUGAUCGUGCCAGCCUCAAACUUGGCCUGGACAAAGCAGUGCUGCAGAGCAUGAGUGGUCGAGACAACAGCCUGGGAGGAGGAGGUGCUGGGGGAGGGGCAGUGCAGCAGCAGCUGUCUAAGAAGGAGAUCGAGGAUCUCUUGCGACGUGGUGCUUACGGGGCCAUCAUGGAUGAUGAGGAUGAAGGGGCCAAAUUCUGCGAGGAGGACAUCGACCAGAUCCUCCAACGCAGGACAAAGACCAUCACCAUAGAGUCUGAAGGACGAGGCUCCACCUUUGCUAAGGCCAGUUUUGUGGCAUCUGGAAACCGCACAGACAUUUCUCUGGAUGACCCCAACUUCUGGGACAAGUGGGCCCAAAAGGCCGACCUCGAUAUGGAUAUGGUCAAUGGCAGGAAUAGUUUGGUGAUCGAUACUCCUCGGGUCAGAAAACAGACUAGGCCAUUCAGCGCCACCAAGGAUGAGCUGGCGGAGCUUUCAGAGGGCGACAGUGACAGUGACGAAACCAAACCGAAGCUCCGGCGAAACCAUGACCGACUCAACAGCUACGGGCGCACAGAGUGUUUCAGAGUAGAGAAGAACCUGCUUGUAUACGGGUGGGGUCGAUGGAAAGACAUUCUUAACCAUGGGCGUUUUAAGAAGCAGUUAACAGACCGGGAUGUAGAGUCGAUCUGCAGGGCUCUACUGGCAUACUGCCUGGUCCAUUAUCGUGGAGAUGACAAAAUCAAAAGCUUUAUGUGGGACCUGAUUGCUCCGACUGAGGAUGGACAAACCAAGGAGCUGCAGAAUCACCUCGGUUUAUCUGCCCCAGUCCCCCGGGGCAGAAAGGGUAAGAAGAUGAAGACACAGUCGAGUGCUUUUGACAUCCACAAAGCAGAGUGGCUCAGGAAACACAACCCGGAGCACAUGCUGCAGGACGAUGGCUACAAGAAACACCUCAAACACCACUGCAACAAGGUGCUGCUCAGGGUCAGAAUGCUCUACUACCUGAAACAAGAGGUGAUAGGAAGCCAGGCCCAGAAUGUGCUGGAUGGCGUGGACUCCAGUGAGAUAAAGAUUUGGGUGCCAGAGCCCGACCAUUCAGAGCUGCCAGCCCUGUGGUGGGAUGCCAUCGCCGACAAAUGUCUACUCCUGGGUAUACAUAAGCAUGGUUAUGAGAAGUACAACACUAUUCGUGCAGACCCUAAACUGUGCUUCCUAGACCGUGUGGGGCGACCGGAUGAGAAGGCCAUCGCUGCCGAACAGAGAGGCAAUGAUUUUAUGGAUGGGGAUGUGGAUGAUCCAGAAUACAAGCCUGCUCCUGCUCUACUGAAGGACGAUAUGGAGGAUGACGCCUCUUCUCCUGGAGACUUGGUUGUAACUGACAAUCCCGGAGAUCCAGAUGCAGUUCCAGUGAGAGAAGGUGAAACCGGCUACUGGCCCUCGUCCUCGGUGUUGACCGCCAGGCUGAGGCGUCUGAUCACAGCCUCCCAGCGAUACACCAAAAGUCGGCAAAUCCUCCACAUCCACCAGUCUCAGUCUCAAUCCCAGCAGCCUAUGAUACUGUCUGCUCCGCUCUGCCCACUGCCCCCCACCCUCAACGACACCCUCAACCCCAAGAUGGCUGCUAAGAUCGAACGCCAACAAAGGUGGACCAGGCGAGAAGAAGCUGACUUCUACCGGGUAGUCUCCACUUUCGGAGUUGUUUUCGAUCCAACCCUCGGCUGCUUCGACUGGACCAAGUUCAGGGCCAUGGCUCGGCUACACAAGAAGACUGACGAGAGCUUGCAGAAAUACCUGUGUGCUUUCACCGCCAUGAGCCGACGGGUGUGCCGCCUGCCCCCCAAGGAAGGAGACUCUGCGGUUGACCCGUCUCUCACCAUCCAGCCCAUCACAGAGGAGCGAGCGUCUCGCACCCUGUACAGAGUAGAGCUGCUUCGCCAGGUGAGGGAACAAGUCCUUCGACAUACAUUACUUUUUGAGCGCCUGUUGCUGUGCCAGAUGAGCUCUGACUUACCCGUCUGGUGGGAAGCUGGUACCCAUGACCGUGAUCUGCUAAUUGGUGCGGCCAAGCACGGCGUGAGUCGCACAGACUACCACAUUCUGAGAGACCCUGAGCUCAGCUUCAUGGCUGCCCAACGCAACUACAGCCAAACUAAAACUGCACAGCAGCAAUCACACACAUCCACACCACUCCUCCACACUCAGCACCAGGUCCCCAGCUCGGCGUUGACAGGUUCUCCGCUGCCUCUGGUGGCCCAGAGAGACACAGAGUCCUGUGGGCUUGUGCCCAAAUUGGAACCCACCUCAGAGGGGGAGGAGAGCAGGGAGAAACCGGCCGAGAGCUGGAGCCCUCGUCAAGCACCAGCUACCCCCACAGGUCUCGAAGAGAAGCCUGUUCUAGAGACGAGGGACAAGGAGACACAGAUGGUGGCAGCACGAACCAAACCUCUCACACCCAACUCCUCAGAGAGGAAACCCAAGAAGGCCAGCAAGAGAAGCCGUCGGGAGACCAGGCGUGGCUCAGAGUCUAACUCAGAUGGCUCCUCUUCAAGCUCUUCAUCCCGCUCCUCCUCUUCAUCAUCUUCCUCUUCUUCCUCGUCACAUUCCGGGUCCAGCUCCUCCUCUUCUUCAUCUUGCUCUUCUGGCUCUUCAUCAACGUCCUCUUCCUCCUCCUCAUCUUCUGAUGACAGCGAAAGUGAAGGAGAGGAAGGAAAGAAGAAGGUGCCUGUACCAACAAGUGUAAAGGGCUUCGAUGAGGACAGCGUGGCAUCACUGAGCACAACACAGGAUGAAACACAGGACAUUCAUGUUGCUGAGAAUGGAGUCAACCACAACGCCUCGCAUCCUUUCCAGGGAGGAGGAUACAUGCUCGCUGCAUCCUACUGGCCAAAGGAUCGUGUGAUUAUCAACCGCCUAGACAGCAUCUGCCAGGCAGUGCUGAAGGGCAAGUGGCCGGGUACACGCCGGGUAUAUGAGCCUGGAGGCGCUGUGGCCUCCUUCUACACCACCAAGCUGCUGGACAACGCCAACAGCCUGUGCGAGGACCCCUCUGCCUCACCACAGGGGUCAAAGGUGACCAAGCAUGUUGCAGAAAACAAGGAAUUCUCAGUAAAACUCAACGAUCAGGAGGGGGGUCUGAAGUUGACCUUCCAGAAACAAGGUCUACCUCUGAAGAGGCCCCUGGAGUCCGAGGAUGGCCCUCAGGCCCAGCAGCAGUACCUGGCCCGCCUUCAUGAGCUGCAGAGCGCCUCGGACACAGGGCUGGCUGAUAUCACCAAGCCUCAGUGCAGCUUUCAGACUGUACCUCCAGCUCUUACUGGUCAGAUGAGGCUGAACGGAGUACCGGACGGCCAACCCGUGGUCAAGAAGCGAAGGGGAAGGAGGAAGAACGUAGAGGGCAUGGACCUGCUCUUCAUGAACAGGAGCAAAGUUCCUUCUGUUCCUGAUCAGGAACCUCCAGGUUGGGGGGGAAUCGGCCAGUUGGGCACAGGGACGACUAGUGCACCAAGCUACAGCCAGAGCUCCAGUCAGGUCCCUGCAGACACAGAGAGCAGGGUCCCAGUCAUCAACCUCAAAGAUGGCACCCGCCUUGCUGGGGACGACGCCCCCAGGAGGAAAGAUCUUGAACAGUGGAUGCAAGAGCACCCAGGCUUUGUAGCAGAUACAGGAGCUUAUAUUCCUGGGGUAAAUAAGAUGCAAAUGCAGUUCCACUUCCAGGAUGGUCGGCCCAAGCAGAAGAGGCACCGCUGUAGGAAUCCAAACAAGAUCGACGUCAACAGCCUAACAGGAGAGGAACGAGUCCAAAUCAUCAACAGGAGAAACGCACGCAAGGUUGGUGGAGCCUUUGCUCCUCCUCUGAAGGAUCUGUGCAGGUUCCUUCAGGAGAACCCGGAGUACGGAGUUCCACCUGAAUGGGGAGAUGUGGUCAAACAGUCGGGUUACCUCCCAGCGAGUAUGUAUGACAGGAUUCUGACAGGACCCAUUGUUCCUGAGGAGGUGAGUCGACGUGGACGUCGACCCAAGAAUCCUCUUGCGAAGGCAGCGGCGGCGGCAGGAGGACCCUCCACAGCAGCCUCCUCCCUUGGCCUGAAUCCCCUGCUUGCCAACGGCCUCCUCUCCGGAAUGGACCUCACCAGCCUGCAGGCCUUCCAGCAAAACCUCCAGAGUUUACAAUCCCUGCAGCUGACUGCAGGCCUGAUGGGGCUUCCUUCCGACGCAAGCAACCUGGCCGCGAGUAACCUAGCCGCCAUGUUUCCAAUGAUGCUAUCUGGUAUGGCCGGAGUGCCUAACCUGCUUGGUAUGAGCGGCAUGCUUGGGAAGCCCGCUGAGGAGGGUGCAGGAGGCUCAGAGGAAAAGACAAAGGGAACCACCAGUGGUGCAGCAGGAGAGCCGUCUGCCUCUAAAGCCCCUUCUCACACCUCAGACACCAAAGGAGAAAGGACAGAGAGAUUGAGCAAGACUCCUUCCUCAGCGUCCAACUCCUCUUCCUCGGCCACUGCCCCACAAAGUGCUUCAGCUGCCUCCGCGGCCUCUAGUCACCCACUGUCUCUUAACCCCUUGUUACUCUCCAGUAUGCUUUACCCAGGGAUGCUUCUCACUCCAGGCCUUAACCUUCCUGUGUCUGCAACACAGUCGCAGAGCUCUAACACUGACCCCACCCUUCCUCCUGCUCCUUUUUCUCCUCCGCCAAAACCCUCCAAGUCUUUGACGCGGGAGACAGUACGGCCAGCAGGAGCAGAAAAGGACGUUGACGAGGACGAGGCGUUGGAUGACGACGACGACGAAGAGGAGGAGGAGGAGGAGGGAGAACAGAAAGAAAACAGUGGUCCUGAAAGAUUGGGUAAAGAGACGUCUUCAUCCGAAUCUGGGAGCUCCUCCUCAUCCUCGGAUGAUUCAGACUCCAGUGAUGUAGACUGAAUCUAUGAGAAUAUAAUUAUAAAUUUAUUUAUGUAUCGCCUAGAAAUGUAUACAUACAGUAUAUUCACAUAUAUAUGGAUUUUCCAGCACUUGUUGUGAUUUCUUUACGUGUAAAUACAAGAACUAACUAAAAAUGUUGUGUAAUAAAGACAAAAAACUAAAAAAAUUGAGAAAAAAAAACUGACUGAAAAGGAACUGAAAUUAAAUUUCAGUGUUUGUUAACAAGGUACAGUCUUGUUUUGAGACGUUUUGCAUGUCAGGACUUUCAGCAGAUUUCUGAACUCUGUGAACUUGUACCACACGAUUAUUAUGUACAAUUGCAACAAAAAAGGCAUUAUUGUAAUUAUGUCAGGAUUUAAUUUUAUUAAAAAAGUGAAACUACAUCAACACGCUCGUUUGAGCUGUGCUAUUAAUAUAUUUUGAUUGUUGGGGGGUGGGGUUUGUGGGAGAAGCGACACUUGACAAACACUUUUGGUUUCUCUUGUAAAUAAUAUUUCAGUACUUGGCCAGGUUCAUUGACACUUAUGCUUUGCAGAUCAUACGUUGGAUAUGUCAGCAAUAACUUGGGCAGCUAAUGAAUGUCACUGAAGCUGUAGUUUAUCUUGUCUGCCAUGUUCCCACCCCAGUGCACAGAGUCGCUGUGUAGACACCAUUUCUACAUUUCUUCUCAUUGAUUAGGAAAAAAAUACCCGUAGCUGACGCCCCUUCUUUAAUACCUCUUUGAGGGGGAAGUAUUAUUCUUAAUUUUUUAGUGAGGAACAUGAGUUUGAAUCGUUCAAGAAGGUUCAUCAUUCACAUCGAUUUGUGAUCUUAGAAACAUCAGUCACCAUUACCUUACAAACAUGUUCCAACAUGUCCAAGCCGCACCUUAGCUACUAACCACAGUAGACAUCGAACACAUGCGCAUCUGUUGAUUUAUUAUUUACAGUGUCAGAAACUCUCGGAGCUGUGGGGAAAGAAAACAACCUUUUAUACUGUGUGCCAAACAAACUGCCCUUUGACCCCCUGAGGUCCUGACAGAGUGUUGUGCUCUCUGUGUAUUGACUCGUUAUGACACCGAUGAUAUUACUGCAGCCCCGGCGUAUUGACUGCAUCUUAUACCUCAACUGUGCUCAAUGGAUUGGCUUCACUGUGCAAAAUAUACAUGUGCAUGCGUGUGUGUUUUUCCGCCGUGUCCUUGUCUCUGCUGGAGGGUGUGUGUGUGGUUGUGUGUGUGUCAGAGCCCGUUUCUCUUUCCUUUUUCCUUUCCCUUUAUUGUUAUUGAGAGCUUCCAAUGCUUCCUUUAGUUUGUCUGGGCCUCUCACCUGGUAUCUACUGCUUCCAUAACUUUCCAGUCUGAAUGAUGUGCAUCAAGGAAGGGCGGCCUGUAAGCUACGAGUCGUGGAACCACAUCACCAGUGUUCUUGACCUUUUUAAAACACCACUCUUCUCACGACAAAUUCGGAGGAAACAUUUCGUGUUGCAUGACCACCUGUCUGCCAGAUUCUUGUGGAAAAUACACGGCACAAGCACUGAAUAGUUCAAACCCCUACCUGAGAUUGAACUAAACUGUCAUCGUCUCUUGAAAUUGAACACAGUGCCAGAUGGGCUGAUUUCAGGAAGGGCUCAAUAAUAGCAGCUUGUGUCGCUGGAAGUUCGCAGCACUGUUGUCAUUGUGUUUUUCACUUUGUCCUUGACUCCGCUCUGCUGGUGACUGGAGUUUCAGCUAGAUGUAGAAGUGCCCUUAUCCUGUACCUCUCUCUCUCUCUCUCUCCCUCUCCCUCUCAUCCAUCGUCUGUGUCCAAGCAAGCUGUGCUGCACGCUUGUGUGUUUCACCCUCCCAUCUGUGCACGCGCUCAUUUAUGUAACACUGGAGUUCACUCAAGCCGAAGUACCUUUUUGUAAUUUUCUCUAGGACUGCUGUUACUCAGUGACUGUUAAUAAGUUGCAUGUGAUUUCUGGGAUGAGGUCUUUAAUUGAACAGGAGGGGGCGACAGAGCGCUCCUCCUGUGCUACAGAAAGCCACUGUUUAACACAGUCUGGUUAGUGUUGCUGUAGCAUUGUUCUCUAUUAGUGGGUUAAACCAUGAAUGAACCAACAGACUGAAGACAAGCCUGAGUUCUGAUGUUACUUUAAAGCGUUUUUCUUGUACGCCUCUUAAAUAGCGAGCUCAUCAGGGGUUUGCUCGCAAUGUAAUUGCAUCUUUUGUUGUAUAUUACUACUAACAGUACGGUAUUUUUCUAAAUGUGGAAGCAAAGACCUUCUUCAUGCCACUGUGUUAUUUUGUAUAACUGCACAUCUGCUCUCUUAAAACUCGUAGUGCCCUUAAACAAACACCCAGCCAUCGCUUCUUCUGCUGUAGGUUUAAUGUUUUGCUACCCACACUGAUGGGUUGAUAUAUUGACGACUGUGCUGAGCCUCUUUAGGACACAAAUGGCACAAAAACAAAAGUAGACGUAAGAUUGGACUUCCCUUUUCUGUUGCUCGUUUCAUUUCCUGUUGUUUUCUAUGUAUCCCGAAGCACUGCUAGUGCUAGAGAAGAAGUGUUAAACCUACGUCAAAAACAAGUUUAAGUAAACAAUGACCAAUAUGCAAGAGGAAUGAUGAAACACAUUACUGCUGUACAGGGACGUCUGUGUUCAGAUUUCAUACAUGUAAUCACUGAGAUGACGAGCAUCAUGAGAUUUGUAUUUUUUAUUUCAAGCUUGAUAAUAGCCUAAAUGUUACCCUGGUCAGUUUUUUGUCUUGGUUAUUAUUUAAUUUUUUUUUUCAUUGCACAGUUGUAAUACUUGCAAGUUGUGUUCUCUGUAGUCGAAAUAAUUCUUUAUGUAGUGCAGGAAAACACGUCUUAAAAGUCAUUUGUAAUUUAUUGGAUUACUUUCUAUGAAGUUCUAUAGAGGAAGUUGAGGUUUAAUUAUUUUUAUUAAACAUAUUCUUCUGACUAUCAUAAA